AUGAUUCUGUUUCUUGUUUCUUAUUGGGAAAUAUGCAAGAAUGCAUAUGAUUCAUCAAAAUUUGGUCGUUGCCUGCAAAAGCAAUACUCGGCUGGCACUCAUUUCUCAAAUGUUUCGACAACAAGUAUUUAUCUUCAUACAUCUUCGAAAAGUAAUUUGAAAGUGACAAAUGCAGAAGGUGAAGUUGUCGAAAUGAAACCAGGAGAGCAGAUAUCAUUUGUUGGCAGCAAUGUCACAGCGAAUUGUAUCGAAAACGUCUGCCCGAUCUCUUUUUGGAAUCACAAUGUGGAUGCCGUCAAUCAGUACUUCGUAAACGAUGCGGCUGGUACAGUGUUCUCAAUGGAAAAUCAAACAUUGGAAGAUACAUACUCAGUUUAUUGCGAUUUCGGAAAUUACACAAAAAUCAGUUUGAAAUACAUGAAUCACUCGAGAGUUGGUAACACAGGUAUAUUUUAUUAUAUGAUAGAAAACAAAGAAUUUAAUUAUUUGAGUUUACAAGACGAUUUAGAAUCAUUUUAUAUUAUGUCGCCUUUCAUGCUGCAAGUGAGAAGUUCCAAGUAUGUUUCUAUUAGCUUUCGAAUCGUUGCAGGCUCUAUGAUCCGACCUUCGACAUAUUUCCAAAAAGGAAUUUCCAGCGGCGGUGUUUCGGUUUACAAUGACAUGAAGCUUACAAAGAAGAACGAAAAUCCGAAGUUCCUCAAAAUUACAAAAGUUUCGAAGGUAAAUAACCUUUGGGUUCAAUUAGAAUUGAUUUUUACAGUUGUUGGAUCCUUAAUACUACUUUUUACAUUGAAUAUAAUCAUUAUUCUUGCGGUAAUUCAUCACAAGAGGAAACAAGAGUUUGUUCCUGAAGAUGACCUUGGUUUGACUAUAUAA